UUUGUCCGAGGCUAAAACUCUGUACUCCACAAAAAAAAAAAUCUAUCACCAAAACUAUAUCUUCAAUCAGUAUCAUAUCACAUUUGAUAUACCCAUAGACCACCAAGAAUGGAAUAUUACUCAUCACUUGAUGCAUCACAGUUAGAUGCUGAUAGGCCUACUCUAUUUGAGUUGAUUUCUUCAAAUCAAUUAGAGGCCCUAUUGUCACCUUCUUUAAGAUAUAUUUUAGUUCAUUAUACUAAUCGAUAUCCAAAAUAUUUGUUAAAGAUUAAUAACAACUUCGAUGAGAUAAACUUAUUUUUCAGGACUUUUAUUGAAUGGUACUUCAUGAAGUACUGGCAAGGAUCUUUCACUGAGAAUUUCUAUGGGUUAAAAAGAGUGAAUCAAACGCCUUUGUCCGAUAAUUCCAAAUACAAUAAUGGCAAAUUAACUCAAUUAGUUCCAGCUAUGAUUGAAGAAAACAGAGUUUUAACAGGAUUCCAACAAUUUAUUUCAGUUUUUGAGAUAACUGGAGUUGCAUACCUUUCAGAAAAGUUGAAUUAUACCUAUGAAAUAUGGUAUACCAAAUAUAUCACUAAUCAAUUAAAUGUUCAUGAAACAAAUUCAAAAGAAGAAAACUUUAAAAUUCAAUUUAAGAGAAAGUUUGUUGAAUUAUAUCCUUACUUUCAAAGUGCAUAUCGUAUUGGUAACUUCAUUACUACUAUAUUAUAUCUAAGUGGCAAUACAAAGUCUCCCUCAUUAUUAACAUACCUUUUCAGAAUCAAUUAUUCGCGAUUAAGUCAAUAUGAUUACACCAAAAAUGAGGCAAGAUCUGCCAAGCCAACAUUGAACGAUAAAAAAAUUAACAGAAUCGCUCCUCCGUCAAGUUUAGAAUAUGCUUUAAGAUUGAUUACCAAGAACUUUACCGAUCCAUCUUGGAAAUUGAUCAAAAUCAUAUUAGGAACAUUUUUCCCAGUAGCUAUUUUCUCAUUAAAAUUCUUAGAAUGGUGGAAUAACUCUGAUUUUGCUACUAAGUUAUCUAAAAAUCAAGGAAAUGUGUUAGAUUUCUCUAUACCUCCUCCAUCAUUCUUGACAGAUGCUUUAAAGAAAUCUCGAGAAAAUUCAAAAACUAGAGAAAGAAGAAGAAAAUACAAAUCUGGAAAUGUUUGUCCUAUUUGCAAAAAUGAAAUAAGCAAUCCUGCCAUUAUUGAAACUGGUUAUGUAUUUGAUUACUCCUGUAUAUAUAACUACCUUCAAAAUUCACAUAAGGUAGUUGCAGAAAAGGCUAAGAAAUCGGCAAAACAAGACGAUGAUGAAGAAGAAGAGGAGCUGGAAGAAGAAGCUGAAGGAGAAGAAGAAGAACAUGAAGAGAAGACCGCUAAGGAAAAUGAAAAUGAAAAGUCCAAUAGCGAAGGUAAACAGUCGGAAGAUAUUGUUAUUGAUAUUAGUAAAGGAGGAAGAUGUCCAGUAACAGGAAGAAAAUUAUUAGGAUGUAAGUGGAAUCCAAUUAAAGAAGAAUGGGACAUUGAAGGUAUACGAAGACUUAUAUUUUAGGUAGUGUAAUUAUGUAACUAAUGUAUAAUGAAUCUGAAUCAAAACAUAGAUGCAAUAUUCGUUUGGGCUGCAAUAUGUUAAUGACGCCACACUCUUCACAUAGUAGAAUUAAUUAGUAUCGCGAAUCGUUGAAUCAAACCAUCAUCUCCAAGACGGAUUAAACAUGAUUUGAUGCUGGGACAACAUCAUAUUUUAAUUAAACUGAUCUAAUUCUCGUAUCAAAUGGGAGGUUCGUCUCAUAAAGCAGUUGUUGCAAAGUCUUUUUAUCUGCGACACUUUAUUAAUGC